AAUGUAGCAGCUGUGCUCAGCCCCUGUAUGGAGGAGAGGGGGGUCCGCCGUCCUCCAUGGGAGGGUCUAUUGUCACUCCAAUACAGCAGAUCAGCCUGUUCUUCCAUUACAUCUGAGGACACUGCAGCUGGCACAACAAUGACACAAAGACACCAGUGACAUUCCUCAACCCCACCGAUCCCACCGAUCCCUCUGAUCCCACCGAUCCCUCCGAUCCCCCCGGAUCCAUGGACCACACAGCGCCCAGCCACAGGAGAUAAAUGACUGGCAGAUUUCGGCGGAUCUGAUGAGAGCAGAAGAAUUGCGUUGAUCUGAGUCUGCAGCGCCCAAAGUACAACCAUGAGCUUCUCCUCGCUGCUGUCGCGGGGGGCGGCGGACAUUCUGGAGGAGCUGCAAGCCUUGACGGCCAAGACAAUGGAGAAGGUGGAGGUGACCAAGCAGUACGAAGUCAUCCGGGAGCUGGGCAAGGGGACGUAUGGGAGAGUGGACCUGGUCAUCCACAAGACCAGAGGCACCAAAAUGGCUCUGAAAUUCUUGCGGAAGAAGACGACAAAGCAGAAGAGUUUCCUGCAGGAAUAUUGCAUCUCUCGCUACCUCUCUACCUGCCCGUACAUCAUCGGCAUGUAUGAUAUCGCCUUCGAGACCGAAGAGUACUACGCCUUUGCCCAGGAGUACGCUGUGGCCGGGGAUCUUUUCGAUAUUAUUCCACCACAGGUUGGACUUUCCGAACACACCACAAAACGUUGUAUCUACCAAGUUGCGCUGGCCUUGGAUUACCUUCACAACCGCAAGCUUGUCCACCGCGACAUCAAACCCGAAAACAUCCUCAUCUUCGACAAAGAGUGUCGAAAAGUGAAACUCUCUGAUUUUGGCAUGACCAGGAUUGCAGGGACAACUGAGAAGCGGGUGAGCGGCACCAUCCCGUACACGGCACCAGAACUUUGUGAGACUUCCAAGCACAGCGGGUUUGUGGUAGAGUACAGCAUCGACGUCUGGGCCUUCGGGGUCCUGCUCUUCUGUAUGAUGACCGGGAACUUCCCCUGGGAAAAAGCUUUGCAAUUAGACUCUUUCUAUUACGAAUUCCUACAGUGGCAAAAGUACAAAAACGCCAACGUGCCGUCUCAGUGGCGCCGAUUCACGCCCCACGCCCUGAAAAUGUUCAGCAAGCUGCUCUCCAUCGAACCGGAGAAGAGGUGCGCCAUUAAGGAUAUUCUCUGGUACUUCGGCAAGAAUUGGCUGAUCAGCAAGGAGGAGCCUCCGACGGCCGACGCCAAAACCAACAACGACGUCUACGUCCACGUCAAACCGCAAGUCCUUCCGUUCCUCAACGGCAACGCCCUUGACAGCAAUAAAUCUGACACCAGCCCCAGUUUAUCUUUCUCUUCAUGCAGCAGCUAUGAGGACGUUCCAAAAGACAGCAAUGCAAACAUGUUAGUGUCGACACCUAUUGAGAUUUGUGUCUGAAAAACCUCCACCCGAAAAUAAUAUUUCAGUCAUGGGUGGGUGAUGUCAGGCCGAACGACCCACUGAACCCAACGUGAGAUCUUCGGACCUUCCCAACUCCAUCCAUUAUAAGGCAUCUCAUUGGCUCUGCUAGGUUUAAGUUGCUAAAAGGCCAUCUGGGGUAGUGAGACCCAUAGUGGAUUUCGGGAAGGGGGGUGGGAGGAGGGGGUUCAAGCAGAUCCCCAAGAAAUAUGAAAAAAAAAAAACUGCGGGUGACUCCGCCCACCUCCAUCUGACCAUAUCCGUCCUCGGUGGAGGGAUCCUUAACUGUGGAAGUUUUUGCACCUCCCAGAAAAUCGAUUCUGCUUGCGUGAGCGCACCAUGCAAACCUCCUCCAUCGCAGUCGUUGCAGCCUUGAGCCAAGAAAGCAAAAAUAUUUAUUAGUGUUAAGAUGAAGUGUAUUGUUUGUGUGUUUAAGUCUUAUUUAUUUCCUGUGCUGUCUGUCCAUUUGCGUGUCCCUGUAAGACAUAUCAUUGGUUUUCACAAAUAUAAUUAUUUAUUUAAGUAGA